GCUGCAGUGUGGCAUCUCUGUGGGACUUCAGCUUUCCAGAUUAACGACUACUGUGCCUGCAGCAUCAUGGCCGUGCCCCUGUUCCUCCUGGGCCUUUUCCUGCUGCUGCCACGACCUGUCCCUGCUCCCUGCUACACUGCCACUCGAUCAGAAUGCAAGCAGAAGCACAAGUUCGUGCCAGGUGCAUGGAUGGCUGGGGAAGGCGUGGAUGUGACCACCCUCCGCCGCUCCGGCUCCUUCCCAGUGAACACACAGAAGUUCCUGAGGCCUGACCGCACCUGCACCCUCUGUAAAAACUCCCUAAUGAGAGACGCCAUACAGCGCCUACCCGUGGCAAUCACCCACUGGCGGCCUCAUGGCUCACACUGCCAGCGUAACGUAGCCGCAGCCAAGGUCAGCUCCACGGAGGGUGUGGCCCGGGAGGCAGCUGCUAAUAUCAAUAACGACUGGCGUGUGGGGCUGGAUGUGAACCCUAGGCCGGAGGCAAACAUGCGCGCGUCCGUGGCUGGUUCCCACUCCAAGGUAGCCAAUUUUGCCGCUGAGAAGACCCAUCAGGACCAGUACAACUUUAAUAGUGACACAGUGGAGUGUCGCAUGUACAGUUUUCGCCUGGUACACAAACCUCCACUCCACCCUGACUUCAGAAAGGCACUCAGAGCCCUCCCCAGCAACUUUAACAGCUCCACAGAGCAUGCUUACCACAGGCUCAUCUCCUCCUAUGGCACGCACUUUAUCACAGCUGUGGACCUAGGUGGCCGCAUCUCAGUCCUCACAGCCCUGCGUACCUGUCAGCUGACCCUGGACGGGCUCACAGCUGAUGAGGUAGCAGAUUGUCUGAACGUGGAGGCCCAGGUCAGCAUCGGUGCCCAAGCCAGUGUCUCCAGCGAAUACAAAGCUUGUGAGGAGAAGAAGAAACGGCACAAAAUGGCCACCUCUUUCCACCAGGCCUACCGUGAGCGUCACGUGGAAGUACUUGGUGGCCCUCUGGACUCCACGCAUGAUCUGCUCUUCGGGAACAAAGCUACACCAGAGCAGUUCUCAACCUGGACAGCCUCACUGCCCAGCCACCCUGGUCUGGUAGACUACAGCCUUGAGCCCCUGCACACAUUACUGGAAGAACUGAACCCAAAGCGGGAGGCACUGAGACAGGCUAUCAGUCAUUAUGUGAUGAGCAGAGCCCGGUGGCAGAACUGUAGCCGGCCCUGCAGGUUAGGCCAGCAUAAGAGUAGCCGUGAUUCGUGCCAGUGUGUGUGCCGGGAUUCAAAGGUCACCAACCAAGACUGCUGCCCACGCCAGAGGGGCUUGGCCCAUUUGGUGGUAAGCAGUUUCCGUGCAGAGCAUCUUUGGGGAGACUACACCACAGCUACUGAUGCCUACCUAAAGGUCUUCUUUGGUGGCCAGGAGUUCAGGACUGGUGUCGUGUGGAACAAUAACAAUCCCAAGUGGGCUGACAAGAUGGACUUUGGACAUGUGCUCCUGUCCACAGGGGGACCCCUUAGGGUGCAGGUCUGGGAUGCUGAUAACGGCUGGGAUGAUGACCUUCUUGGUUCUUGUGACAGGUCCCCCCACUCUGGUUUCCAUGAGGCAACGUGUGAGCUAAACCACGGCAGGGUAAAAUUCUCCUACCAUGCCAAGUGUUUGCCCCAUCUCACUGGAAGGACCUGCCUGGAGUAUGCCCCCCAGGGGCUUCUGGGAGACCCUCCAGGAAACCGCAGUGGGGCUGUGUGGUAACAUAAUAACAGCAAUAACAUGGCUGAGAGCUGGGUGUAGUAGUAGCACAUGCCUUUAAUCCCAGUGUUUGGGAGGCAGAGACAGGUGGAUCUCUAUGAGUUUGAGGCCAGUCUGGUCUACAGGGUCUCCAAAAAAGCAAACAACAAAACUGGGAUGUUCAACUGACUUCUCCCUGGGGAUCUGCAAUGCCUUACUAUGCAGUAGAGAGGUCACUAGAGUGGCUGAGUUUUUACAAUAGAGCUCCCAUGACUUUCCCUUCCACACUGCCUCAGCCCUGCAAUGCCCCCAAGCUUGGCAACUACUGCUGCUCAGUGUAAACAUAGGCCAGGAGCC